AUGUGCAUCGCGCUGAUCUCAACCGCGCACCCCCUCUAUUCAUUAAUCGUCAUAGACAAUAGAGAUGAAUUCCUCCAUCGACCGACUUCGUCUCCGGACUGGUGGCCUGAGCCAUCUUCUUUUGUCCUCGGCUCGCGCGAUUUAGCCCGAUCCGAGCACGGAACCUGGAUGGGAAUUACCAAACACGGUAAGAUUGCAGUCCUCACCAACUAUCGUGAGCAAAAGUCUGCCGAGGCUAUUGGUUGGCACAGUCGUGGGAAGAUCGUCAACAGUUGGUUGACGAGCCCGCCCGCGGAGCAGCAGACCACACUUGAGUUCGUGCAGUCGAUGGUUGCCAGUCCCGAAGCCAAACAGGUGGGCGGAUUCAGUCUUGUGUGCGGCUAUGUCAAUGAGCCUUUGGCCAUCGUCUCCAAUCGUUCUCAUAAUAUGGAGCAGGUCAUCUGGGUGGCUUCCGAGAAGAAUCAAACUCGCGGGCUCAGCAACACGAGGUUCGAAGAUCGAACCUGGCCAAAGAUCAUUGAAGGCGAGAAGCUCAUGGAGGCGGCUAUCAAAGAGCAUACCCAGGCCCAGGAGGAUGAGGAUGCUCUGCUGGAGCGUCUACUUCAGGUGCUGAGUACUGAUACUCUGCCUCGCUUGCCGAAGGAAAGCAGCCUCGACGAUUAUGUUCCACUCAUACCGAAGAGUAUAUUUGUCCCAGUUGUCGGGACUGAAGUGGCGGCAGCGUAUGCGGAGGACGAAAACAAGAAGUCGCCGUCGGAUGGCCCUAUGGAUCCAAGGUUUUUCAGUGGACCUUAUGGUACGCAGAAACAGACUAUCCUCCUGGUGCAGUCAAAUGGACGUGUGCGGUACUUAGAGCGAACGCUAUACGACAACCAAGCCCACGCGAUCCCGGUCGGACAAGGUGACAAAUGCUUCGAAUUUACCAUUCAGCCCGAGACAGCGAGCAGAAAUGGUCAUUGA